AGCUUGAGCAAAAUGCGUGUUAAACUAGCUGUUCAAGUACUUAAUUCAAAGGUGCAAAAGGACAUGGCUAAGUAUGAAAAUGAAGCAACUAAAUCAACUCAGCAAUUUAUUUCAAACUGUGAUGCAUUGUGGAAUGUCUUCAACGAUACUAAACCAUUAAGUUCAUUAGAAGAUACCCGAAUCAAAGCUUUAGAUGAUGUACUAGACUUUUUUAAAAGUUGGAAAAAUGAAUUGGCUUCUAUAUAUGCACUUAAAUCAGAGAUAUCAUCCCAUUUCAUUAGUUGGCAAACUAUGUUUGAUAUACAGGUAACAAUCAAUGGCUUUAAAGCACUGGUUAAAUUCAUUGGUACACCUGAAUUCAGAUCCCUUCAUGGAAGUCCGCCUUAUAUCAUUCCUAAAAGAAUAAGUCAAGAUAUAGUUGAGUCAUUCUUUUCUAUGCAAAGGCAAGCAUGUGGUGGUACAAAUAAUAUGACAGCGUACACUUAUGGUUACAAUGUCAAUAGUAUGAUAAUUCGUUCUGAAGCUAAGCGUCUGUCAAAGAAACAAACUAACACAUAUGAUGUUGUUGAUAUUGAAUUCGGUGAGGAGCAGAAGGGUAAUGAUAGCAUACCUAAAAGAAGCAAUGUUCAGGGUAUUUUUUCAACCAACUUGUGGCCAGUCUAUCUUUAACCAUUUAUUUUCUAGUGUUAGAAAUAGCACAUAUAAAGGGCAAAAGACCUUCCCUGACACAGAAUACCUAUCAUAAGGACAACUAAAAACGUUUUAACUACAUUUUUGCAAUCCAAUUUUGUCCUUACUAUAUGCAGUUAAAUGUAACUAGAGUAUACAACUGGUCCCAGGCAUCCAGAGUUACAGUGCUCUUUGAAUUCAAUCUAAGUAUUGUUUUUAGGAAGAAUAUUUUGUCUAACAUUUAAAACCUUGAGGAUACAAAGAUGCUUUGAGCGCUAUGA